CAACAAACAACAUGAGUUAACUUAAGACGCACAUGAAACAUGAAUUGAGAUAAGUCAAGAACAUCGUCAAAACAUAGAAUUUUAUAUCGUCCACAUUACAGGACUUACAAUAGUACACACAAUCAAUCAAGUUCAUCAUAUCCCAGCAUUAUAAUACUGAUCAAUUUCCAUAACUAAGAAGUUUUUUCUACUAAUUCCCCAGUUGUUGAAAAUGGGGUGUGCAAAAUCAAGAUUUUUACUAUUUCUAGGGUUUAUGCUGCUCACUCAGAACCAAUUGGUGAUCGGAAGAUUUGUGGUUGAGAAAAACAGCUUCAGGGUGACUUCACCGGAGAGUUUAAAAGGGAGCCAUGACAGUGCCAUUGGCAAUUUUGGUAUUCCUCAGUAUGGUGGAAGAAUGGCUGGGACUGUUGUGUAUCCUAAACAGAACAGAAAAGGCUGCAACAGUUUUGAUGAUUUUGGGAUUUCUUUCAAGUCUAGACCUGGAGCUCUGCCCACUUUUGUUUUGGUUGAUCGUGGAGAUUGCUUUUUUGCUUUGAAAGUGUGGAAUGUUCAGAAUGCUGGUGCUUCUGCUGUUCUUGUAGCAGAUAACGUUGAGGAGCCAUUAAUAACCAUGGACACGCCUGAAGAGGAUGUUCAAUCUGCUAAAUAUAUCCAGAACAUAACUAUACCUUCUGCCUUGCUUCACAAAACUUUCAGUGAGAAACUGAAGCAAGCACUUAGUAAUGGAGAAAUGUUGAAUGUGAAUCUUGAUUGGAGAGAAUCUGUACCUCAUCCAGAUGAACGUGUGGAGUACGAAUUAUGGACAAAUAGCAAUGAUGAAUGUGGCCUGAAAUGUGAUAUAUUGAUGGACUUUGUAAAAGAUUUUAAGGGUGCAGCACAGAUUCUUGAGAAGGGUGGUUUUACUCAAUUCACUCCUCAUUAUAUAACUUGGUAUUGUCCUACGGCAUUCACUAUAAGCAAACAAUGCAAGUCUCAAUGCAUUAACCAUGGUAGAUAUUGCGCUCCUGAUCCGGAACAGGAUUUCAGUUCAGGUUAUGACGGAAAAGAUGUGGUUAUCGAAAACUUGAGACAACUGUGUGUGUUUAAAGUGGCAAACGAGACCCAAAAGCCAUGGGUCUGGUGGGAUUAUGUCACCGAUUUCCAAAUCAGAUGCCCUAUGAAAGAGAAAAAGUAUAACAAGGAAUGUGCUGACAAAGUUAUCAGAUCUCUAGGACUUGACUCAGAAAAUAUUGAGAAGUGUAUGGGAGACCCAAAUGCUGAUUCUGACAAUCCUGUUCUAAAAGAAGAGCAAGAUGCUCAAAUUGGUAAAGGGUCACGAGGGGAUGUUACCAUAUUGCCAACCCUUGUCGUCAAUAAUCGUCAGUAUAGAGGAAAGCUAGCAAAAGGUGCUGUCUUGAAGGCAAUAUGUUCUGGUUUUGAAGAAACUACUGAACCAGCUGUGUGUUUAAGUGGGGAUGUAGAGACAAACGAGUGCUUGAAUAACAAUGGUGGAUGCUGGCAAGAUAAAUCCGCCAACAUCAGUGCCUGCAAGGAUACAUAUCGUGGGAGAGUCUGUGAAUGCCCCUUCACUGAUGGUGUGCAGUUCAAAGGAGAUGGUUACACGUUCUGUGCUGCAAGUGGACCAGGCCGCUGCAAGGUGAAUAAUGGAGGCUGUUGGCAUGAAACCCGUGAUGGGCACACAUUUUCUGCUUGUCUGGAUGAUGGGGACACCAAGUGUGUGUGUCCUCCUGGAUUUAAAGGUGAUGGUGUGAAAAGUUGUGAAGAUAUUGAUGAAUGCGAUGAGAAAAAAGUGUGCCAAUGCCCCGAAUGCAGCUGUAAGGAUACAUGGGGAGGCUACGAAUGCACAUGUUCUGAAGACCUUCUGUACAUCAGAGAGCAUGAUACCUGCAUAAGUAAAACGACGGCCCAAGUAAAAUCUGCAUGGGCAGCUAUUUGGUUCAUUUUGAUUGGUCUGGCAAUCGCUGGCGGUGGGGCAUAUAUGGUGUACAAAUAUAGAUUGAGGUCGUACAUGGACUCGGAGAUCAGAGCUAUCAUGUCACAAUACAUGCCUCUAGACAGCCAAAGUGAAGUUCCAGAUCAUCAAAGUGAGGAUCGGGCAUGAUUGAAGUAUAAGGGUUCAGACCAUAUUUAUUCUCAAAGCUUUAGGUUAAGCAAAAAAUCAGAACGUACCGAUAAGCAUUGAGAUUAUAGUCUAUUGAUGUAGCAUAUCCUGGACAAGAGCGAAGACAAAGCCAGAAAACGGUUCAUAUAUAUAUUCUGAAUAUAAAUGGUGAACUGAAUAUUGAGGGGCACUGACAAUGCAAUCGGCCAAGCUUAUGAUACUAUGUACUGCAGUUUCAUCUGUCGUAAAUUUGUUGUACUGUAUUACUACACUUUGUGCUGCAUCAUUAGACCACAAGUGUUUAGUUACAUAUGAGCUAUUUUUCGCAUUCCUGUAAUGCUAGGAUAGGCUAACUUUUUGACUUGCUCUGUCAAGCAAUGUUUGUAUCAGUAUAUAGUUUGAUAAUAAAUCUUUAAUCAUUUCCUUUGUCGA